AUAAAUUAUUCAAAUAGUUGCACAAAGCUCAAUAGUUUAGAAGUAUCUUCAGUGCUGGUCACUAAUACAAAAUGGAUCCGGCUAUGGCUUCUCCAGGCUAUCGGUCUGUGCAGUCCGAUCGGAGUAAUCACCUAACAGAGCUGGAAACGAGAAUUCAAAAUCUUGCCGAUAAUUCACAAAGAGAUGAUGUCAAAUUGAAAAUGUUACAAGAGAUUUGGAGCACAAUCGAAAAUCAUUUCACACUAAGUUCGCACGAGAAAGUCGUGGAGAGGCUCAUUCUCUCGUUCCUACAAGUUUUCUGCAACACAAGUCCACAGUUCAUUGCUGAAAACAAUACACAACAGCUUCGAAAGUUAAUGCUUGAAAUCAUUCUUCGACUUUCGAACGUAGAAGCCAUGAAACAUCAUAGCAAAGAAAUUAUCAAGCAGAUGAUGAGGCUAAUCACCGUGGAAAAUGAGGAGAAUGCCAAUUUGGCUAUCAAAAUUGUCACCGAUCAAGGGAGAAGUACCGGCAAAAUGCAAUAUUGCGGAGAGGUUUCACAGAUAAUGGUCUCCUUCAAAACAAUGGUCAUUGAUCUGACGGCGAGUGGUCGAGCUGGUGAUAUGUUCAACAUAAAAGAGCAUAAAGCUCCACCGUCAACUAGCUCCGACGAGCAAGUCAUCACUGAAUAUUUGAAGACUUGCUACUAUCAACAAACGGUUCUUCUCAACGGAACGGAAGGAAAACCGCCAUUAAAAUACAAUAUGAUUCCAUCAGCUCAUCAGUCAACGAAGGUGCUCCUGGAGGUUCCGUAUCUCGUGAUUUUCUUCUAUCAACAUUUCAAAACAGCGAUCCAAACCGAAGCGCUUGAUUUCAUGAGGCUUGGUCUUGAUUUUCUAAAUGUCAGAGUUCCAGACGAGGAUAAACUCAAAACAAAUCAAAUAAUAACCGAUGAUUUUGUCAGUGCACAGUCCCGAUUCCUGUCAUUCGUCAACAUUAUGGCUAAGAUUCCAGCGUUUAUGGAUCUUAUCAUGCAAAAUGGACCGCUUCUAGUGUCGGGAACAAUGCAGAUGCUCGAGCGGUGCCCGGCUGAUCUGAUAAGUGUCCGACGAGAAGUUCUGAUGGCUUUGAAGUAUUUCACAUCUGGAGAAAUGAAGUCGAAAUUCUUUCCAAUGCUACCUCGACUCAUCGCUGAGGAGGUUGUUCUGGGAACAGGAUUCACUGCGAUUGAGCAUUUGCGAGUUUUCAUGUAUCAAAUGCUAGCAGAUCUGUUGCAUCACAUGCGAAAUUCUAUAGACUAUGAAAUGAUCACACACGUGAUUUUCGUAUUCUGUCGCACUCUUCACGAUCCUAACAACUCUUCUCAAGUCCAGAUUAUGUCUGCUCGGCUGCUCAACUCACUGGCCGAAUCUCUGUGCAAAAUGGAUUCACAUGAUACCUUUCAGACUCGUGAUCUGCUCAUUGAAAUCCUGGAGUCGCACGUGGCCAAGCUCAAAACUCUUGCAGUCUAUCACAUGCCUAUUCUCUUCCAACAAUACGGAACCGAAAUAGACUACGAAUACAAAAGUUAUGAGAGAGACGCCGAGAAACCUGGAAUGAAUAUCCCAAAGGACACUAUACGAGGAGUACCGAAACGAAGAAUCCGUCGGCUCUCCAUUGAUUCAGUUGAAGAGCUGGAAUUCCUGGCAUCAGAACCAUCCACGUCGGAAGAUGCAGAUGAGAGUGGUGGAGAUCCGAACAAGCUUCCUCCGCCAACAAAAGAGGGAAAGAAAACGUCUCCCGAAGCGAUUUUAACCGCCAUGUCAACGAUGACACCUCCUCCAUUGGCAAUUGUUGAAGCUCGAAAUCUUGUGAAGUAUAUAAUGCAUACGUGUAAAUUCGUGACAGGACAAUUGAGAAUCGCCCGGCCAUCACAGGAUAUGUAUCAUUGUUCGAAGGAGCGAGAUUUAUUCGAACGUCUUCUACGAUAUGGUGUAAUGUGUAUGGAUGUAUUCGUGCUUCCAACAACUCGAAAUCAACCACAAAUGCAUUCUUCAAUGCGGACAAAAGAUGAGAAAGAUGCUCUGGAGUCGUUGGCAAACGUUUUUACAACAAUCGACCAUGCGAUAUUCCGGGAAAUCUUCGAAAAGUAUAUGGAUUUCUUGAUUGAAAGAAUUUACAAUCGGAACUAUCCAUUGCAAUUGAUGGUGAACACCUUCUUGGUUCGAAAUGAAGUGCCAUUCUUCGCAUCUACGAUGCUUUCAUUCUUGAUGUCUCGAAUGAAAUUGCUGGAAGUUAGCAAUGACAAGACGAUGCUAUAUGUGAAGCUCUUCAAAAUUAUCUUCUCCGCCAUCGGAGCCAAUGGCUCUGGGCUUCAUGGAGAUAAAAUGCUCACUUCAUACCUCCCAGAGAUUCUCAAACAGUCAACUGUCUUGGCAUUAACAGCUCGUGAACCUCUCAACUAUUUCCUUUUGCUUCGUGCAUUGUUCCGCAGUAUUGGUGGUGGCGCUCAGGAUAUUUUGUAUGGAAAGUUCCUGCAGUUACUGCCAAAUCUUCUUCAAUUCUUGAAUAAAUUGACGAAUCUUCAGUCAUGUCAACAUCGGAUUCAAAUGCGUGAGCUCUUCGUCGAGUUGUGUUUGACUGUGCCAGUUCGACUCAGUUCCCUUCUGCCAUACCUACCGCUUCUGAUGGAUCCACUGGUGUGUGCGAUGAAUGGGAGUCCGAACAUAGUUACACAAGGAUUGAGAACAUUGGAAUUAUGUGUGGAUAACUUGCAACCUGAAUAUCUUCUCGAAAAUAUGCUUCCUGUCCGUGGAGCUUUGAUGCAAGGCCUCUGGCGUGUUGUAUCGAAAGCUCCAGAUACAUCAUCGAUGACAGCAGCGUUCAGGAUCCUCGGAAAGUUCGGAGGAGCCAAUCGAAAACUUCUGAAUCAACCGCAAAUUCUUCAAGUAGCCACUUUAGGCGACACUGUUCAGUCGUACAUCAAUAUGGAAUUCUCGCGGAUGGGACUCGAUGGCAAUCACAGCAUUCACCUGCCACUGUCCGAGUUGAUGAGAGUCGUUGCCGAUCAGAUGAGAUAUCCAGCUGAUAUGAUCCUUAAUCCAAGUCCUGCAAUGAUCCCGUCAACUCAUAUGAAGAAAUGGUGUAUGGAAUUGUCGAAAGCCGUCUUGUUAGCCGGACUUGGAUCUUCAGGAAGCCCAAUUACUCCAAGUGCAAAUCUUCCGAAGAUUAUCAAGAAACUUCUUGAAGAUUUUGAUCCAAACAAUCGUACCACUGAAGUAUACACAUGUCCGAGGGAAAGUGAUCGAGAGCUUUUUGUGAAUGCACUUCUCGCAAUGGCUUACGGAAUAUGGAAUAAAGACGGUUUCCGGCAUGUCUAUAGCAAAUUCUUUAUCAAAGUUCUCCGCCAGUUUGCGUUGAUUGGAGUACUCGAAUACAUUGGUGGAAAUGGAUGGAUGCGUCAUGCAGAAGAGGAAGGUGUUCUACCAUUGUGCCUUGACUCGUCUGUUAUGGUUGAUGCUCUGAUUAUUUGUCUCUCUGAAACAUCGUCAAGCUUCAUCAUUGCUGGUGUCAUGUCUCUUCGUCAUAUCAAUGAGACUCUCUCGCUUACACUUCCCGAUAUUGAUCAAAUGUCGAAAGUUCCAAUGUGCAAAUACUUGAUGGAGAAGGUGUUCAAAUUGUGUCACGGGCCUGCUUGGUAUGCAAGAUCUGGUGGAAUCAAUGCAAUUGGAUACAUGAUCGAAUCGUUUCCACGAAAAUUUGUUAUGGACUUUGUGAUAGAUGUUGUUGAUUCGAUCAUGGAAGUUAUUUUGGGAACUGUUGAAGAAAUAUCAAGUGGAUCUGCUGAUUCUGCAUACGAUUGUCUCAAGAAAAUGAUGCGAGUCUAUUUCAUCAAAGAAGAAGGCCAAGAAGAGGAGAAUCUGACACUCGCGACUAUUUUUGUGUCUGCAAUCUCUAAGCAUUACUUCCACAGUAAUGAAAGAGUCAGAGAAUUUGCGAUUGGUUUAAUGGAUCAUUGUAUGGUUCACUCAAGACUUGCACCAUCCCUUGAUAAGUUCUACUAUCGAUUCAAGGAGUUCUUUGAGCCAGAAUUAAUGCGGGUGCUCACAACAGUUCCAACAAUGUCAUUGGCAGACGCAGGAGGAAGUUUGGAUGGAGUUCAAAACUAUAUGUUCAACUGUCCGGAUGGUUUUGAUUUCGAAAAAGAUAUGGACAUGUACAAGCGAUAUUUGUCACAUCUGCUGGAUAUUGCACAAACCGAUACAUUUACCUUAAACCAAAGGAAUGCCUUCAAAAAAUGCGAGACAUGCCCAUCGCAUUUCCUUCCUCCAUUCCCAAUCACUACACAUAUUGAUUCAAUGCGAGCCAGUGCUCUACAGUGUCUUGUGAUCGCGUAUGAUCGAAUGAAGAAGCAAUACAUCGACAAGGGAAUAGAGCUGGGUGAUGAGCAUAAGAUGAUAGAGAUCCUCGCACUUCGCAGCUCCAAGAUCACAGUUGAUCAAGUCUACGAGAGCGAUGAAUCUUGGAGACGAUUGAUGACAGUUCUAUUGAGAGCAGUCACUGACAGAGAAACUCCUGAAAUUGCGGAGAAGCUUCAUCCUUCACUUUUGAAGGUCUCACCAAUAUCCACAAUCAUCAUCGCAACAUUUGGUGCUUCUUACAUAAGAAAUAUUAGUGGAGCAGGAGAUGACAGUGAUUCAGAUCGUCAUAUUUCGUACAACGAUAUAAUGAAGUUCAAGUGUCUCGUGGAGCUCAAUCCAAAGAUUCUGGUCACAAAAAUGGCAGUGAAUCUCGCAAAUCAAAUGGUUAAAUAUAAGAUGAGUGACAAGAUCUCUAGGAUUUUGUCAGUUCCCAGUAGCUUCACUGAAGAGGAGCUCGAUGAUUUCGAAGCGGAGAAGAUGAAAGGAAUUCGAGAGUUGGAUAUGAUUGGUCAUACGGUUAAAAUGCUUGCUGGAUGCCCAGUGACCACAUUCACGGAGCAAAUUAUUGUGGAUAUCAGUCGUUUUGCUGCUCAUUUUGAGUAUGCUUAUUCGCAAGAUGUACUUGUAAAUUGGAUUGAUGAUGUCACAGUAAUCCUCAACAAAAGUCCCAAAGAUGUAUGGAAGUUCUUCUUGUCUCGAGAAUCAAUUCUAGAUCCUGCACGCAGAUCCUUUAUUCGAAGAAUCAUAGUCUAUCAAUCAAGUGGUCCACUGCGACAGGAAUUCAUGGAUACUCCGGAAUAUUUUGAGAAACUCAUUGAUCUUGACGAUGAGGAGAAUAAGGAUGAAGAUGAGAGAAAAAUCUGGGAUCGUGAUAUGUUUGCAUUUUCGAUUGUCGAUCGUAUCUCGAAGAGCUGCCCUGAGUGGCUUAUUUCUCCGAAUUCCCCAAUUCCAAGAAUUAAGAAGUUGUUCUCCGAAACGGAAUUCAAUGAGCGAUAUGUGGUUCGAGCAUUGACUGAGGUGAAGAAAUUUCAAGAAGAGAUCAUAGUGAAACGGAUGACAGAGCACAAGUACAAGGUUCCGAAGCUGAUUCUGAAUACCUUCCUGAGAUAUUUGAGGCUCAACAUCUAUGACUACGAUCUAUUCAUCGUUAUCGCCUCGUGUUUCAAUGGCAAUUUCGUCACCGAUCUCUCUUUUCUUCGCGAAUAUCUUGAAACUGAAGUCAUCCCGAAAGUGCCGUUACAAUGGCGGAGAGAGCUGUUUCUUCGAAUUAUGCAGAAGUUUGAUACGGAUCCACAAACUGCUGGAACAAGUAUGCAGCAUGUGAAGGCCCUUCAAUAUUUGGUUAUUCCCACGUUGCAUUGGGCGUUCGAGCGAUAUGAUACGGAUGAAAUUGUUGGCACCGCACCAAUAGAUGAUUCGGAUUCUUCGAUGGAUGUAGAUCCGGCAGGCAGCUCGGAUAACCUUGUGGCUCGUUUAACAUCAGUCAUUGAUUCUCAUCGUAAUUAUCUGAGCGAUGGAAUGGUCAUUGUUUUCUAUCAACUUUGCACAUUGUUCGUACAAAACGCCUCCGAACAUAUUCACAAUAAUAACUGCAAGAAACAAGGUGGACGCCUACGGAUCCUGAUGCUCUUCGCCUGGCCGUGCCUGACCAUGUACAAUCAUCAAGAUCCAACAAUGCGGUACACUGGAUUCUUCUUCUUGGCCAAUAUUAUAGAGCGUUUCACAAUUAAUCGGAAAAUCGUGCUUCAAGUGUUCCAUCAACUUAUGACUACUUAUCAGCAGGACACUAGAGAUCAAAUCCGGAAAGCCAUUGAUAUAUUAACUCCAGCUUUGAGGACACGAAUGGAAGAUGGACACUUGCAAAUAUUGAGUCAUGUGAAGAAAAUUCUUAUCGAAGAAUGCCAUAAUUUGCAACAUGUUCAGCAUGUUUUCCAAAUGGUGGUUCGCAAUUAUCGUGUCUACUAUCAUGUUCGAUUGGAGCUUCUCACGCCUCUUCUGAACGGAGUUCAACGAGCACUUGUGAUGCCAAAUAGUGUUCUGGAAAACUGGCAAACUCGACGUCAUGCGGUGGAGAUCUGCGAGAUGGUCAUCAAGUGGGAAUUGUUCAGAACGCUGAAAACAGAUCAUAUUAUCAGUGACGAAGAAGCUCUCGAAGUUGACAAGCAAUUGGAUAAGCUGCGAACAGCUUCAUCCACAGAUCGUUUCGAUUUCGAGGAGGCUCAUAACAAGAGAGACAUGCCUGAUGCUCAACGCACGAUUAUCAAAGAGCACGCCGAUGUGAUUGUCAAUAUGCUUGUCCGAUUCUGUAUGACGUUCCAUCAGAAUUCGGGUUCUUCGUCCACUUCUCAAAGUGGGAACCAUGGUGUCGAGUUGACCAAAAAAUGUCAGCUGCUUCUACGUGCAGCCCUACGACCAAGCAUGUGGGGAGAAUUUGUCAGCUUCCGAUUAACAAUGAUCGAAAAGUUUUUGUCAAUUCCGAAUGAUAAUGCUCUACGCAAUGAUAUAAGUUCUACGGCCUACGCUAAUACUAUCCAAAAUGCACAACACACUCUGGAUAUGCUGUGUAAUAUUAUUCCUGUUAUGCCAAAAACUAGCUUGAUGACUAUGAUGAGACAACUCCAACGGCCACUCAUACAAUGUCUCAAUAACGGAGCUCAGAACUUUAAGAUGACUCGUCUUGUCACUCAAAUUGUCAGUCGGUUACUCGAAAAGACAAAUGUUUCGGUUAACGGGCUUGAUGAGCUGGAGCAAUUGAAUCAAUACAUUUCCCGAUUCCUACAUGAACAUUUUGGAUCUCUUUUGAAUUGCAGAAACUUGAGUGGACCAGUGUUGGGAGUUCUCGGAGCAUUUUCUCUUUUGCGAACAAUUUGUGGACACGAGCCAGCAUACUUGGAUCAUUUGAUGCCUUCAUUUGUAAAAGUGAUGGAGAGAGCUGCAAAAGAGCACUUGGCGUAUGUUGCGAACUCGCAAGAUGGAAAUAUGGUGAAGAAUUUCUUUCCAGAUGUUGCUGAAUUGUUGUGUGCAUGCAUGGAGCUGGUACGUCCCAGAGUCGAUCAUAUCAGUAUGGAGAUUAAGAGAUCAAUUGUUGGUGGUAUUAUCGCGGAGCUGAUUAUCAAAUCGAAUCACGAUAAGAUCAUCCAGACGUCAGUGAAGCUUCUCGGAGCAAUGAUUAGCACGCAGGAUAUGGAAUUUACAAUUCUCACUGUUCUUCCGCUACUUGUUCGUAUCCAAUCAAUUAUUGUGACCAAGUUCAAGAAUUGCAAGGAUCUGAUAGCAGACUAUCUUGUUGUGGUUAUUACCGUUUUUGAGAACAGCGAAUAUCGGAACUCGGAAGCUGGAUCUCGUCUCUGGGAAGGAUUCUUCUGGGGACUCAAGAGUAGCGAUCCUCAAACCCGGGAGAAAUUCUCGAUAGUUUGGGAGAAGACUUGGCCACACAUGGCAACAGUAGAUAUUGCUCAUCGAAUGAAAUAUAUCAUGCAAAAUCAAGAUUGGUCCAAGUUCAAACACGCGUUUUGGUUGAAAUUCGCACUUUGGGGAAUGCUACGAACGAUUGCCAAACGGCCAACUGAUCCGAAUAAUAAGAGAAAGAAAGUGAUACUGUUGAACUGUGCAACUCCAUGGAGAACAAUUGAAUAUGCAGCGAAAUUGAAGGAUCAGCCAAUGGAAGUGGAAACUGAAAUGAAACGAGAAGAGCCAGAACCGAUGGAAGUUGACGAAAAAGACUCGCAAGAUGAUUCUAAGGAUGCCGGAGAGCCCAAGGAGAAGGAAAAGCUCACAUUGGAAUUAUUGCUUGCUGGACAACAAGAACUUUUGGAUGAAGCUUCCAAUUAUGAUUUUGCGGAUGCUCUAGAUACAGUAUCCCAGAUUACAUUUGCACUUAAUGAGAAUCAAGUGACAAGCAAGAUGUGGGUAGUGUUGUUCAAAUCAUUCUGGAGUUCCUUAUCACAAUCCGAAAUCGAAGAUUUCACGGCGCUAGUCGUUCCGUUUAUGAGCAGUGGAGUGCAUAAUAAUUAUCAGACGGGUGUACAGGAUAGUGUGCUUGCUGUUUGGCUUGAAGCUGUUGGUGACGCUGUUCAUUUGCCGUCCAGAUUGAUUGAGUUUAUCUCAUCAAAACACGAAUGCUGGCAUACCGGAAUCAGGCUUCUCGAGAAUCAUAUAUGGACAAUUCCAAAGCAACUCAACAACACGUUACUCCGAGAAAUGAAAGUGGCACCAGGUCUCGCUGGAGAUAUUGAGACACUCGAAUCUCUUGGAACACUCUACAAUGAGAUAUCAGAGUUUGAUCAGUUCGCUGCAAUCUGGGAACGCCGUGCUGUAUUUCCUGAUACGAUGAGAGCAAUGUCAGCUAUGCAAUUGGGAGAUAUGGAAUUAGCUCAAUCUUAUCUGGAAAAAUCAAUGAGCAGUACGUAUGAAACUCUUGCUCCGACAAUCAAUCCAAACAACACUUCAAAUUCGGAGAAGCAUGUUUCUCCGAUUAUUGACAAAGAAUACGAUCAUUGGAUGGAGAUGUACAUCACAAAUUGCUCGGAGCUUCUUCAGUGGCAAAAUGUGGCCGACGUAUGCAAUGGCAAAGACAUGCAACAUGUUCGUGGCCUGAUCAACGCAGCAUCUCACAUUCCGGACUGGAAUGUGGUCGAGGAGUGUAAAAGUCAGAUAGCUGGAUGUAUUCCACCAAGUUUCCAUUUAGAUUACACUCUUUUCAAUUUGAUGAGUACUGUUAUGCGAAUGAAUGAAAACUCAAGCCCGACACAUAUGAAGGAACGAUGCAAAAUUGCAAUUCAAGAGUGCACAGAAGCUCAUAUUAGUCGUUGGAGAGCACUUCCGUCAGUUGUUUCAUAUGGUCAUGUCAAGAUUCUUCAGGCAAUGAACUUGGUUCGAGAAAUUGAAGAGUCUACAGAUAUUCGCAUUGCUCUGCUCGAGGCCCCAUCAAACAAAGUGGAUCAGGCGUUGAUGGGCGAUAUGAAGUCGUUGAUGAAAGUAUUCCGAAAUAGAACACCAACCACUUCGGAUGAUAUGGGAUUCGUUUCGACUUGGUAUGAUUGGAGGAAUCAGAUUCAUGGAAUGAUGCUUCAAAGAUUCGAAUAUUGGGAUAAAGUAGGACUCAACGUCGCUGCAACUGGAAACCAGUCAAUUGUUCCGAUUCAUUCAAUGGCUCAAGCACAGUUGGCCGUAGCCAAACAUGCCAAGAAUCUUGGAUUCCAUAAUUUAACGAAAGAUCUACUCAACAAAUUAGCUGGAUUGACAGCCAUACCGAUGAUGGAUGCUCAAGAUAAAGUUUGCACUUACGGCAAGACACUUCGCGAUAUGGCAAACAGUGCGGCUGACGAAAGAGUGAAAAAUGAGCUAUUGUGUGAAGCGCUUGAAGUUUUGGAAGAUGUGCGAAUUGAUGAUCUACAGAAGGAUCAGGUUGCUGCAUUGCUUUAUCAUCGUGCUAAUAUUCAUUCAGUUCUUGAUCAAGCUGAAAAUGCUGACUACACCUUCUCCGCAGCCUCUCAACUUGUCGACUUGCAAAAUAGUGUGACAACCACUGGAAUCAAGCUCAUGAAAAAUUGGGGCCACCAUCUUUACAAGAGAUUCUUCUCUACGACAGUUUGCAAGGAAACCGGAAACAACUUCGGACGGCAGGCUCUCGCUUGUUACUUCAUUGCGGCUCGUGUGGAUAACGAUAUCAAGGCGAGAAAACCGAUUGCCAAGAUUUUGUGGCUCUCGAAGCACUUGAAUGCGUGUGGAUCACAUGAAGUGAUGAAUCGGGUUAUUAAGAAGCAACUUCAUUCACUUAAUCUCUUCAAUUGGCUUUACUGGCUUCCACAAUUGGUUACUGAUGUUCGAUAUAAACCAAAUUCGAACUUUGUUCUGAUUCUCUGCAAGAUGGCUGCUGCUCAUCCACUUCAAGUAUUUUACCACAUUCGGGAGGCAGUUAGCGUUGACGAUAUUGACUCGGUUCUCGAAGAAGAUUACACUGAUGAGCAAAUGUCGAUGGAUGUUUCGGAUGAGGAUUGUUUUGCAGACGAUCCACCAUUUGAUAGAAUUCUGAAAAUAUGUCUGAAAUAUCGUCCAACUGAUAUUCGAGUCUUCCAUCGUGUCCUCAAAGAACUUGACGAGAUGAAUGAGACAUGGGUUGAACGUCACUUGCGUCAUGCGAUCUGCCUCAAGGAUCAGAUGUUCAAAGAUUUCUCGGAACAAAUGGACGCGACGUUCAAUGAGAUGCAAUAUUCGGAGGAUGUGACUAUGAUGACGUUGAGAUGGAGGAAACAGCUGGAAGAAGACUUGGUGUAUUUCCAACAGAAUUAUAAUCUUGAUUUCCUGGAGAUUCGUAACAAGCGAAAGAUGAUCGUGACGAAGGGAUGUAUGGGAGUCGAGAAAAGUCAGAUAAUGUUCGAAAAAGAGCUGAGUCAAGUGUUCACAGAGCCGGCCGGCAUGCAAGAUGAAUUUGAUUUUGUCACAAAUAUGACUAAUAUGAUGGUCUCACAGUUGGAUAUUCAUGCAGUCGAUGCUCCACGCCCUCAGGGAUAUAUUCGUAUUGUUCUCGACUGGAUUCGAGCGAUUCGUCGUCGUUUCGAUCGACUUCCACGAAGAAUCCCUCUGGAAUCGUCAAGCCCAUAUCUCGCCAGAUUCAGCCAUCGUACAGGAUGCAUCGAAAUGCCAUACGAUUUGCUCAACGUUUUGCGCGCCAAGAAUCAUACUCUGAUGGCUUCCAAUCAAACGGGGCAAUACAUAUCCAUGCUCUCUCGAUUUGAGCCAAACUUUGAGAUUGUGAUCAAAGGUGGUCAAGUGAUAAGAAAGAUCUAUAUUCGAGGACAAACCGGAAAGAGUGCGGCGUUUUAUCUGAAGAAAUCUGUGCAGGAUGAGCCAACUAACCGAGUUCCACAAAUGUUCAAACAUCUUGAUCACGUUCUACAAACCGAUAGAGAGUCGGCGAGAAGACAUCUUCAUGCUCCAACAGUGCUGCAGAUGAGAGUCGGACAGAAGACGACACUCUACGAAGUUGCAUCCGUUCAACCAUAUGCAAUGCCACCGGAUUGUACCAGAAACUAUCCAGCAUCACAAAUCGACAUUGUUCAUCCAUAUGAUGUGCUGACUGCCACUUUCAAUGGAAGUUAUUAUCCGGAUGAUAUGGUAUUGCACUUCUUUGAGAGAUUCGCCCAAAGUUCUUCAUCCAUCGGACAACCUCUUCCAACUCCGACGAACCAAGAUGGAACAGUUGCUCCGCCACGACUAACGGAAGCUCACCACAUCAAGAAUAUUAUUUAUGAAGACUUUGCCCGAGAUAUGAUCCCAUUCCGACUUCUCUACGACUACCUCACUGCACGAUAUCCUGAUCCGGUUAUGUACUAUGCAAUGAAGAAGCAAUUGCUGCACAGUCUCGCCGUCCUAUCCACAAUCGAAUAUCAUUGCAAUCUGACACCAAUGGGACCUGAUCAAAUGAUGAUGACAAUGAAUACUGGAGUCCUUAGCAAUCCUUCAUAUAGAUUCGAAAUCCGAGGAGGACGAUCACUUCAUGAUAUUCAACACUUUGGACAUGAAGUUCCAUUCCGAUUGACUCCAAAUCUAUCGAUUUUGGUUGGUGUUGCACAGGAUGGUGACUUGUUAUGGAGUAUGGCUGCUGCGUCAAAAUGUUUGAUGAAGAAGGAACCUGAAGUUAUCAUGAGACCGUUAGUAUGGGAUGAAUUCGCCAACAAUACAGAUUGCGACAAAUCGCGUUUGCAGGUAUUCGCGUGUCAUGCAUCGAAUUCUUACAUCAAUGGUGUCGCGAGCAAGCUUCGAAACACGAAUAGCGCCGACGCCAAACUCAGAAAGGACGAUUGUGUGUCGCUGAUCAGUCGAGCCAAGGAUUCGGAUAAUCUGGCCCGAAUGCCACCCACCUACCACGCGUGGUUCUAGAUCUCAUAAUUACCGUUCUCUAUUUUGAUCCCGCCUCCCACUCUCACAGAUCUCUAUACAUUUGUCAAAUGUUUCCAAAUCUUUUAUCUGCCCAUACAUUCGUUUUUAUUGUUUUGUUUCUUUUCUUUCUUUAUUUCUUUUCUAAACUUUAAGAUUUAUGUAAAUAUUUAACUGCGCUGGUAUUUAUGAAAAAUUCAGAUAAAGUUUUCAAGUUUAAA